AUGGUUGAACCCGGACGAUACAAGAUUGUGAAUGCUCAGGGAGGCACCGUUGUUGACCUCAACACCUCCAACAACUGGAACAUCCACGCAUGCGCAGCCCACGGCGGUGAUAACCAACACUGGGAUAUCGAGCAGACCGAUGACGGCCACUUCCACAUCAAGAACGCAGAGUCUGGCGGAUACUUGGCCAUCGUCGACGGUGCCCCUGGUGACGGUGUCGAUGCCGUCCACUGGGAAGAUCCUUUCGCAUGGGCUAUCUGGCCCGACGAGAACGAUGAUAGCGUCUGGAGGAUCGGCGUCCCCGACUCACCAUUCCACCUUGAUUUGACCAACCAUGGUGACUCCGCUGAUGGGACUCCCAUCCAAGUGUGGGGUGCUUGGGAAGGACGAAAUCAGUGCUGGAUCUUUGAGGCUGGUAUGUAA